UUCAUACUCUACUUUCUCUCAGACACACUAACACACUCUCUCUCUCACACACAAACACUAGAGAGAGAAACACUCUAAAAUGGCAACUUUCUCACUCAUCCCAUUCUUAACAAUCUCCAUAUUAAUCCAAUUGGCAAACUCAGCCACGCAUUGGGGUGAUGUACAAGUGUUAAAGCAGCUCAAGGGUACAAUCACUCAAAGCUCAAUCCCACCUUCUUCCUGCAUUGAUUCAUGGGACUUCUCCCUCGACCCCUGCGACAACCUCUUCUCCCCCAAAUUCACCUGCGGCUUCCGCUGCGACGUCGUUUUGAAUUCCUCCCGAGUCACCGAACUCGCCCUCGACUCGGCCGGCUACUCCGGUUCACUCACCUCCGUCUCCUGGUCACUCCCCUACCUACAAAACCUCGAUUUCUCCAACAACAACUUCUUCGGCUCCAUACCCGACUCCCUCUCUCGGCUCACCCGGCUCAAGCGGCUCGGCCUCUCCCACAACUCAUUCUCCGGCUCAAUCCCCGCCUCCCUCGGCUCGCUCGCCGCCGUCGAGGAGAUCUACUUGGACGGAAACACGCUCACCGGAGAAAUCCCGUCCACCUUCAACCGUCUCGCGAAUUUAAAAAGGCUCGAGCUUCAAGGCAACAAAAUCGGCGGCGCGCUUCCCGAUCUGAGUCGACUCGGUAGCCUCAAUUUCCUGGACGCCAGCGAUAACGCCAUUUCCGGCGAGCUUCCGCCCUUUCUGCCGCCGUAUCUAAUUGUUUUAUCGAUGAGGAAUAAUCAGAUAGAAGGGAAUAUUCCGGCGAGUGUGUUGGGUUUAUCUUCUCUACAAGUAAUAGACCUGAGUCACAACAAACUCGCCGGGUCGGUUCCGGCGGGUCUAUUCGCCCACCCGUCGUUGGAGCAAUUAACGCUGUCGUACAACCAAUUCGGGUCGGUUCAAAUACCCGGUAACGCGGGUUUGACAAGUCAACUAAUAUCCGUUGACUUGAGUAACAACGAGAUCCGCGGGUUCUUACCCGGGUUCAUGGGUCUAAUGCCCCGGUUAUCGGCUUUGUCUCUGGAGAACAAUAAGUUCUCGGGUUGGAUACCGGUCCAGUAUGUAUUAAAGGUAGUGGUACCGGGUCCGGGUCAGGAGAUAGCUCCGCUGGAGAGGCUGUUGUUGGGUGGGAACUAUCUAUUCGGGCCGAUACCGGGUCGGUUUAUGGGGCUGAAAGCGGGUACGGUAACGGUAAUGUUGGGGGACAACUGCCUGUACCGGUGCCCGGUAAGGUUGUUCUUCUGUGGGGGAGGGGUACAAAAGUCAUUGAUGGAGUGCAGAGCCUUUGGCCCCACCAUUCCUUGACUUGUGUGUUUUCUGUUUUUUAUAUUAAUUAGGCUAUGCUUGUACAAUAAUCUUUUUAUUUUUUCUAAUUAUUUUUUUGUUUCUUAAAUUUGAAUUAAUGUUGCAGCUAUAUUAAAUUUAUGAAUGUACAUUGCUUUUAGUUUUGAUGUUAAAUAUUAUGUUAGUCCGAGUUUGGCAA